GGGAGGCGGGACGCGGGGGCUAUGGGGAGGAGGACUUUAGGUGAUCCUUAGAAAUAAAGGCUAGUUCCUAUUCGGCCUUGGAGUAGGGCGAAGAGGUGUAGACAGGCCUCAAGAAGCGAAGUAACAGCCUGAGUAAAAGCAAGACGUUGGAGAAUAUGAGAUACAUCUCAUCCCUAGUAAAUACUUAAAUGACUUCCCCUCCUCCCGGAGUCAAGCACAAUUCGGGGAUGCAAUGAUGGACGUAGGUGAAGAUACUACAGGAACUUACAGACAAAAGUGGUUUGUGGCCUGUUUGAUUCCUGUCAGAGGUUUGCUGACCCAAGACAGUAUCGAAAAUGCAUAUUAAGUCAAUUAUUCUAGAGGGAUUCAAGUCCUAUGCUCAGAGAACCGAAGUCAAUGGUUUUGACCCCCUCUUCAAUGCUAUCACUGGCUUAAAUGGUAGUGGAAAAUCAAACAUAUUGGACUCCAUCUGCUUUUUGCUGGGCAUCUCCAACCUGUCUCAGGUUCGAGCUUCUAAUUUACAAGAUUUAGUUUACAAAAAUGGGCAGGCUGGUAUUACCAAAGCCUCUGUGUCAAUCACAUUUGAUAAUUCUGACAAAAAGCAAAGUCCUUUAGGAUUUGAGGUUCAUGAUGAAAUCACAGUAACAAGGCAGGUGGUUAUUGGUGGUAGAAAUAAAUAUUUAAUCAAUGGAGUCAAUGCUAACAACACAAGAGUACAGGAUCUCUUCUGUUCUGUUGGCCUUAAUGUUAACAACCCUCACUUUCUCAUCAUGCAGGGCCGAAUUACAAAAGUAUUGAAUAUGAAACCUCCAGAGAUUUUAUCCAUGAUAGAAGAAGCAGCUGGAACCAGGAUGUAUGAAUACAAAAAAAUAGCUGCACAGAAAACUAUAGAAAAAAAGGAGGCUAAGCUGAAAGAAAUUAAGACGAUACUUGAAGAAGAGAUUACUCCAACCAUUCAAAAAUUAAAAGAGGAAAGAUCUUCCUACUUGGAGUACCAAAAAGUGAUGAGAGAAAUAGAACAUUUGAGUCGUUUAUAUAUUGCUCAUCAGUUUUUGCUGGCUGAAGAUACCAAAGCACGCUCAGCUGAGGAGUUAAAAGAAAUGCAAGAUAAAAUUAUAAAGCUUCAGGAAGAAUUGUCUGAGAACGAUAAAAAAAUAAAAGCACUUAAUCAUGAAAUAGAAGAAUUGGAAAAAAGAAAAGAUAAGGAAAUUGGAGGUAUACUUCGAUCUUUAGAAGAUGCUCUUGCAGAGGCUCAGCGAGUUAAUACUAAAUCUCAAAGUGCAUUUGAUCUCAAAAAGAAAAAUCUGGCAUGUGAAGAAAGCAAACGCAAAGAGCUGGAAAAAAAUAUGAUUGAGGACUCUAAAACUUUAGCAGCAAAGGAAAAAGAAGUUAAAAAGAUAACAGAUGGACUGCAUGCCCUUCAAGAAGCAAGUAAUAAAGAUGCUGAAGCUCUGGCGGCUGCACAGCAGCACUUCAAUGCUGUUUCCGCUGGCCUGUCCAGUAAUGAAGAUGGAGCAGAAGCAACUCUUGCUGGUCAAAUGAUGGCCUGUAAAAAUGAUAUAAGUAAAGCUCAGACAGAAGCCAAACAGGCUCAGAUGAAGCUGAAGCAUGCUCAACAGGAAUUAAAGAAUAAACAAGCUGAAGUUAAGAAGAUGGAUAGUGGCUACAGGAAGGAUCAAGAAGCUUUAGAAGCUGUAAAAAGACUUAAAGAAAAACUUGAAGCUGAAAUGAAAAAGCUAAAUUAUGAAGAAAAUAAAGAGGAAAGCCUUUUGGAAAAGCGCAGGCAGCUGUCUCGUGAUAUCGGUAGAUUGAAAGAAACAUAUGAAGCUCUAUUAGCCAGAUUUCCCAAUCUUCGAUUUGCAUACAAGGAUCCAGAGAAGAACUGGAAUAGAAAUUGUGUGAAAGGACUUGUGGCUUCUCUGAUUAGUGUGAAAGAUACUUCUGCAACCACAGCUUUAGAAUUAGUGGCUGGAGAACGACUCUACAAUGUUGUAGUAGACACAGAAGUUACUGGUAAAAAGCUACUCGAAAGGGGGGAACUGAAACGUCGAUACACCAUAAUUCCACUCAAUAAAAUUUCAGCCAGAUGUAUUGCACCAGAAACUCUGAGAGUGGCUCAGAAUCUUGUUGGCCCUGACAGCGUUCGUGUGGCUCUUUCCCUGGUUGAAUAUAAACCAGAACUUCAGAAAGCAAUGGAGUUUGUCUUUGGAACAACAUUUGUUUGUGACAAUAUGGAUAAUGCCAAAAAAGUGGCCUUUGAUAAGAGGAUAAUGACUAGAACUGUAACUCUCGGAGGGGAUGUGUUUGAUCCGCAUGGGACAUUGAGUGGAGGUGCUCGAUCCCAGGCGGCUUCUAUUUUAACCAAGUUUCAAGAACUCAAAGAUGUUCAGGAUGAACUGAGAAUCAAAGAGAAUGAGCUGCGGGCUCUAGAGGAGGAAUUAGCAGGUCUUAAAAACACUGCUGAAAAGUAUCGCCAACUAAAACAGCAGUGGGAGAUGAAAACUGAAGAGGCAGAUUUAUUACAAACCAAGCUCCAGCAAAGCUCAUAUCACAAGCAACAGGAAGAAUUAGAUGCCCUUAAAAAAACCAUUGAGGAAAGUGAGGAGAUUUUGAAAAACACUGAAGAAAUCCAAAGAAAAGCCGAAGAAAAAUAUGAAGUAUUGGAAAAUAAAAUGAAAAAUGCAGAAGCUGAGAGAGAGCGAGAACUGAAGGAUGCUCAGAAAAAACUGGAUUGUGCCAAAACAAAGGCAGAUGCAUCUAGCAAGAAGAUGAAAGAAAAACAACAGGAAGUUGAAGCUAUCACUCUGGAACUGGAAGAGCUCAAGAGAGAGCAUACAUCUUACAAACAACAGCUUGAAGCUGUAAAUGAAGCUAUCAAAUCCUAUGAAAGUCAGAUUGAAGUAAUGGCAGCUGAGGUGGCUAAAAAUAAGGAGUCAGUAAAUAAAGCUCAAGAAGAAGUGACCAAGCAAAAAGAGGUAAUAACAGCCCAAGACACUGUAAUUAAAGCUAAAUAUGCAGAAGUGGCAAAACACAAGGAGCAAAACAAUGAUUCUCAGCUUAAAAUUAAGGAAUUAGACCACAACAUCAGCAAACAUAAACGGGAGGCUGAAGAUGGUGCUGCAAAGGUAUCCAAAAUGUUGAAAGAUUAUGACUGGAUUAAUGCAGAGAGACACCUCUUUGGCCAACCCAAUAGUGCCUAUGAUUUCAAAACUAACAACCCUAAAGAAGCUGGUCAGAGACUUCAGAAGUUGCAAGAAAUGAAGGAGAAACUAGGAAGAAAUGUCAAUAUGAGAGCUAUGAAUGUAUUGACAGAAGCUGAAGAGCGGGUGAACACGGACUUUGGCUCUAUUUUUUCUACUCUUUUGCCUGGUGCUAAUGCUAUGCUUGCACCACCAGAGGGUCAAACUGUUUUGGAUGGUCUGGAGUUCAAGGUUGCCUUAGGAAAUACCUGGAAAGAAAACCUAACUGAACUCAGUGGUGGUCAGAGGUCUUUAGUGGCCUUGUCAUUAAUACUGUCGAUGCUCCUCUUCAAACCUGCUCCAAUUUAUAUCCUUGAUGAGGUAGAUGCAGCCUUGGAUCUUUCUCAUACCCAAAACAUUGGACAGAUGCUACGUACUCAUUUCACACAUUCUCAGUUCAUCGUGGUGUCACUAAAAGAAGGUAUGUUCAACAAUGCAAACGUUCUUUUCAAAACCAAGUUUGUGGAUGGUGUUUCUACAGUAGCCAGAUUUACUCAAUGUCAAAAUGGAAAGAUUUCAAAGGAAGCAAAAUCCAAGGCAAAACCACCCAAAGGAGCACAUGUGGAAGUUUAAACUACAAGUUUAUUUCUUCAUCUUGACCUGUUUUUUUAAACAAACUUUUAAGGACUUGGGAUAAGUAAUUUGUUGAUAUAAAAAAAUUAAUGUUGCUAUGUUACUUAACCCAUGUUUUCUCUUUAUAUAAUCACUUAUCACUUACAAAUGAGCAUAUAUUCCUCAUCUCUUAACCAGUCUAAUUAUGGUCCAAUUAUUGUGAUUGUGAUUUUAUGCAUAUCAUCAAAUGUUUUUUUCUUAUGCAGGUCUUUUAUAUAUUAGGAAUCCUGAGAUACUCAAUUCCAUAUGUAAAAGCUAAUAUACAAAAAAGCAGAUUAAAUUACAUGAUAAAUGUAGCUG